AUGGCCGAAGCUGCACUUCACACUGAAACCACUUGCAAGAUUAGACAUGUACACAUCGAAUGCCCAAUCUGCUUGACUCGGUUCAUCGAUCCGAAAAUCCUGGACUGUCAGCACAGCUUCUGCUUAACAUGUCUUCAGGAACUUGUAGACAAACAGGAUCAGAAAACGGGUUUCAUCAUUUGCCCAGUGUGUAGAGAGAAAACUUCAGUCCCAGAUAAGGGACCAUCGGCUCUUCUCAACUGCCUUCUCUUGAGCUCGCUUAUUGAUGACGUCAUCAAUCCGGGUGGUCCCGGAGAAGACAUUAGGCCUAACCCUCAUCGAGUCGUUAGUGCAGCCGGGUCGUCAAAUGAGGGAUCCAGAGACCACAACAAAACUUGCUCUCAAAAAUGCCGGAAACACACUGAUCAGGAACUGUGUUUUUACUGUGAAACGUGUGGUUUACUCGUGUGUCCUAAAUGUGCGGUGCUCGAUCACAGAUCGUCAGACCACAACCUUUCUGAAAUCAGUGAUUCCAUUCGAUCGUAUCGUCAAGCUGUUGAAGAGGCAUUGAUGAAGUUUGAUGAAUGUCGCAAGCAAUUCCAAAAAGUAGAUGACUCCAUCAAACACUCACAGCAUAGAUUACAGAUCAUGGUCGACCGGGCUCUUCGAGAUAUUGUGGCUAAGGAGGAAGAGGAAGUCGAGAAAGUCAGAAAAGCAUCUCGCCUCCUUCAAGAAAGAGUCACUCAAAUCCGCAAAGAGAGAGGUGGGCAAUUCCGCAGCAUACAGAUCAGCAAUAGCGAUAAGAUGAGCCGCGCAGAGCAGAUCGUAGCUUCAGUCAACGACUUGAUGCAACAUGCUGAUGACGUUGAGCUGCUGGACCUCAAGCCAAAGGUUAUGCACAACUUGACAUUCCACAAUGACCUCAAGUUUCAAACAGUGCAGCAUAGCAAGUCAUUCAUCGCGUUCAAAGGUCAUGAUGCCGCCACUGAUGCGGAUAUCGGUGAAAUACUAGAGGAAGAGAAGUGGGAGGUGAAGACAGAGUUUGGUAAAGAAGGGGAAGGUGACGAGGAGUUCAAGUUUGCAUAUGACGUUGCUUGUUUAAGCAACGAUGACAUCGUCGUUACUGAUUUGGAACGGCGGAUAUUAUCCAAAUUUACAUCGAAUGGUAGUUACAAAUCUCAAGGUGUGCAAAGUAGAACAGAAGAUGGACAACUAGAAUGCCCUGCCGAAGUUGCGGUGACCUCUGAUGACCUGCUUCUGGUUACUGACGGACAGGAUGUAAAGGUUUAUGAUAGCGAACUGCGAUUCAUUCGUAAGUUCAGACCAUCACGGAGUGAAGUCGAGGGGCAGUCAGAGAGUAUACUCGCUGGUAUUGCUGUUGACAAGAAAGAUCGUAUUGCAGUGUAUGACAUUGGGAGAAAGGUAAUAUAUCUUCAUAACAAGGAUGGAUCCACCAUUUCCACAAUACAUCAUGAUGAUAUUGGCGAUACCGGCAGUCUAGGCUUUCUAUCUGUUAACAGCAAGGAGCGACUGAUCUUUACAAACUUCGAUGAGAUGAAACUAGUUUGUCUGGAUUUCAUGGGAAACGAGGUGUUCAAGAUCAGCACCUCCGUUGACGGCAAACCUGUAAUGCCUACUGGUGUGUGUUGUGAUUAUGCUGGGGAUAUAUAUGCGUGUUUCUUAUGCAAAGAUGGUGAUGGUGAUGGUGAUUGUGAUAGUGAUGGUGAUGGUGAUGGUGAUGGUGACGGUGACGGUGACGGUGAUGGUGAUGGUGACGGUGACGGUGACGGUGAUGGUGAUGGUGACGGUGACGGUGACGGUGAUGGUGAUGGUGAUGGUGAUGGUGAUUGUGAUAGUGAUGGUGAUGGUGAUGGUGAUGGUGACGGUGACGGUGACGGUGAUGGUGAUGAUGAUGGUUUUGUUGCUGGUGAGAUACAUCACUACGAUGCAUCAGGUGAGCACAUCGGCUGUGUAGCCCGUGGCUUGCACGGUCCUAUAGGCAUGACGUUUACUCCGACCGGUGACCUCAUCGUGGCUGAUUCGCGGUCGGUCAAGAUCUUGCAUCGCGUGUGA